AUGGAGUGUCCAAAUCGAACAGCCCCAGCUGUGUUUGUCCUCUCCGGCUUCCCAUUCCCCAAAGAACUGAAAGUGCCUUUGUUGCUCUUCUUCUCGUUUAUGUACAUUCUGACCCUUUCUGGAAAUUCUCUGAUUGUCUGGGUGGUGGCAUCUCACCCCCAGUUGCACAAGCCCAUGUACUGGUUCCUGUGCCAUUUGUCCCUCCUAGAUAUGGCUUUCUCCUCCGUUGUUGUUCCCAGAGUGAUCGCCGGAUUCAUUCCAGGUGGGAAAAUCAUCUCUUUUGGAGAAUGUAUGUGUCAGGUGUUUUUCUUGCAGUUCUUGGGGUGCACAGAAAGUCUCCUUUACAUUGUGAUGGCUUAUGACCGCUUCAUUGCUAUAUGCAAGCCCCUCCACUACGGCAAUAUCAUGCACUGGAGAGCCUGCCUCGUCCUCUCUUUGGGGAUCAUGAUCGCAGGUUGCCUGAACUCAGCCUUACAGACAAGUGUCACCUUUCAACUGUCUUAUGGAUGGAGAAACCUUAUUGACUAUGUCUGUUGUGACAAUCCUGCUCUGUUGAAACUGGCUUGUGCGGACACAACUCUCAAUGAGAUGGUGAUCUUAGUGGAUGUUGGCUUUGUGGCCAUGACUUGCUUCAUCCUUAUCCUGACCUCUUAUGUGUAUAUCGUCUUGGCCAUCUUGAGGAUCAACAGCAGCGAAGGGCGUCGCCGGGCCUUCUCCACCUGCACCGCCCACAUUACUUUGGUGGUUAUAUUUUAUGUGCCCGUAGUUUUCCACUACAUGAGGCCAGGAUCACAGAACUCAAUGGACAGUGUGGUGAGCAUGUUCUAUACCACAAUAACCCCAUUUCUGAAUCCUGCCAUAUACACACUCAGGAAUAAAGAAAUGAAGGCUAUUCUAUUAAAACUAUGGAGUGGGAAUCCUAAGUAA